CGGCGACGGCCGUGCGUCUCCAGACUCGACCGGGAAGCGCCAACCGACGGCCCGAGGGGCGGGGCGGAGGGGUGUGGGCCCGGGGACCGCGGCGCUCGGCGGGCCAGUCGCUGGUUGUCAGGACAGUCGCCGCCGGAGUGGGGCGAGGGUGCGUCCCUCGGUCUGGGACGUCCGGGGCCGCGUAAAGAUGAGAGCACAGAGGACGCAGGGCCGCUGGAAGCGCAGGUAACGGAGCCGGGGUGUGGUGGGGCCGCGACAGGCUUCUUCCCUGACCCGUCCUGGAUGGAGAGGACCGAGGCGACGCCGAGUCGCGGCUCCUAGCGGCGGGGCCGGUGCCCGAGCUGCAGCUGCCAGGCGAGGAUGUGUGGAGCCCGGGCGGCGCGGGGGAUCUGAGAGCCUUCGGGCCCCAGGACCCCCGGGGCCCGGGAUGAGUUAGCGAGGACAGCUGCGGGGGCCAGUUCCGACUGCUGCAGGCCACGGCCGCCGCCCGCCCGCCCCUUCCGCGCCGGAGCCGCUAGCUCCUUUCCGCGCCCGUCCGCCUGCCUGCGCUCCCGGCGCCGGAGACCAUGAGGUUCCGCAUCUACAAGCGGAAGGUGCUGAUCUUGACGCUCGUGGUGGCCGCUUGCGGCUUCGUCCUCUGGAGCAGCAAUGGGCGACAAAGGAAGAACGAGGCCUUCUCCCCGCCGCUGCUGGACGCCGAGCCCGCGCGGGGUGCAGGCGCCCGGGCCGGGGACCAUCCCGCCGUGUCCGUGGGCAUCCGCCGGGGCUCCAACGAGUCGGCGGCUCCAUUAGUCGCGGCGGCCCCGCACCCCGAGGUGGACAACCUGACGCUGCGGUACCGGUCCUUAGUGUACCAGCUGAACUUUGACCAGACGGUGAGGAAUGUAGGUAAGGCCGGCUCCUGGGCCCCCCGAGAGCUGGUGCUGGUGGUCCAGGUGCACAACCGGCCUGAAUACCUCAAACUGCUGCUGGACUCACUUCGAAAAGCCCAGGGAAUCGACAACGUCUUCGUCAUCUUUAGCCAUGACUUCUGGUCGACCGAGAUCAAUCAGCUGAUUGCUGGGGUGGAUUUCUGUCCGGUUCUGCAGGUGUUCUUUCCUUUUAGUAUUCAGUUGUACCCCAACGAGUUUCCGGGCACUGACCCCAGAGAUUGCCCCAGAGACGUGGAGAAGAAUGCAGCUUUGCAGAUGGGAUGCAUUAAUGCUGAAUAUCCCGACUCCUUCGGCCAUUAUAGAGAGGCCAAAUUCUCCCAAACCAAACACCACUGGUGGUGGAAGCUGCAUUUUGUAUGGGAGAGGGUCAAAGUCCUUCGAGACUAUGCUGGCCUCAUACUUUUCCUAGAAGAGGAUCACUACUUAGCCCCAGACUUUUACCAUGUCUUCAAAAAGAUGUGGCAAUUAAAGCAGCAAGAGUGUCCUGAGUGUGAUGUUCUCUCCCUGGGGACCUAUACUGCCAUUCGCAGUUUCUAUGGCGUUGCUGACAAGGUAGAUGUGAAAACGUGGAAAUCCACAGAGCACAAUAUGGGUCUGGCCUUGACCCGGGAUGCGUAUCAGAAGCUGAUUGAGUGCACAGAUACUUUCUGUACUUACGAUGAUUAUAACUGGGACUGGACCCUCCAGUAUUUGACUGUAUCUUGUCUUCCAAAAUUCUGGAAAGUGCUGGUUCCUCAAGUUCCUAGGAUUUUUCAUGCUGGAGACUGUGGUAUGCACCACCAAAAAACCUGUAGACCAUCCACCCAGAGUGCCCAAAUUGAGUCACUCUUAAAUAAUAACAAACAGUACCUGUUUCCAGAAACUCUAACUAUCAGUGAGAAGUUUAUGGCAGCCCUUUCCCCACCUAGGAAAAAUGGAGGGUGGGGAGAUAUUAGGGACCAUGAACUCUGUAAAAGUUAUAGAAGACUGCAGUAAAAAA